GGUGAGUUUUGGCACAGGAGCUGCAGUGGAAGAAGGUAAGAAGGAGGAGGCGUGCGCAUCAGGAGAAGUCUAUGCUCCACCCUCUGGAGCGGAGCUGCGCUGCUGGAUUAUGCGCUCGGCUAUCAGUGAGUUCACCAAACUGUUUGCUCACCAGCCUCCUCUCCACUCUGCGUUCCGCCCGUCCACAAUUGGGAUCGCAGAUCUCGGAGCCGUGGAUUUAUCCAGUUUUUACGCACGCGUGGAGAUCGGAAGUCGUCGCAUUUCUCCCAAAAUAGCUGAUCUGGUCCUCGAUCGAAGAGUGUUCAGGGACGUUUCAGAGCUCGCCACAGAGAAGAGCUUUCGACUCCAAGCUUCGCUUUAAGUUCUUCAGCCCAUGAAAACUGGAGAGGGGAGAAAAAGACGAGUCAUCACCUUCACCUGAGCAAAGACGAGCAAACAGGCACUCAUGGGGCAGGGAGAGGCUUCAGCUCGAGGCACAACUAUGGAGGGCGACUGUCUCAGUUGCAUCAAGUACCUCAUGUUUGUCUUUAAUUUCCUCAUCUUUCUGGGGGGCUCCUUCCUUCUCGGAGUGGGAGUGUGGGUGCUGGUGGACCCCACAGGGUUCAGGGAAAUAGUAGCAGCCAACCCGUUGCUGUUCACCGGCGUCUACGUCAUUCUGGGAAUGGGAGGCAUGCUCUUUCUUCUGGGCUUCCUGGGCUGCUGUGGAGCCAUCCGCGAAAACAAAUGUCUGCUCCUUUUUUUCUUCAUGCUCAUCCUUCUCAUCUUUUUAGCAGAGCUGGCCGCUGCCAUCCUAGCCUUCAUUUUUCGGGAGCACUUGACCAGGGAAUAUUUCACCAAAGAGCUGAAAAGACACUAUCAGGGCUACAACAACACCGAUGUCUUCACCUCCACAUGGAACGCCAUCAUGACCACAUUCGAUUGCUGUGGAGUGAACAGCCCGGAGGAUUUUAAGGACAGCCUGUUCAGGGUGAUCAACUCGAAUCAUGUGGUGCCAGAAGCCUGCUGCCUGCGUGUCAGUCAGAGCGGAGAGCUGGCCUACACCAGCCGGGACCAGUGCUUAUCAGGCAAUAUGAUGUUCCGCAAUAACAAGGGCUGUUACUCUGCUGUGGUUGACUACUUUGAACUGUAUAUCUACGUGGCUGGAGCGCUGGCUAUUGUGGUUUUAACCAUUGAGCUUUUCGCCAUGGUCUUUGCGAUGUGUCUCUUCCGAGGAAUCCAGUAGACGUGCUUCUCCUACAGACCUUUGUUUUCUAUGUUUGUCAUUUUGACUUUGAACAAGAAAAGAAACAAAAAAAAGAAAGAAGGGAAUUUCAGAGACGGAGCAUAGCGAACAUUUGUAAAUUUGUGAAUCUCUUUUUCUAUUGUCUGAUUGGUUAGAAAAACAAAAUGAACUCCUGUACUUCACAGCUGGACUUUUGAGGUACGGAGAGGCAAAAAAAUUCACAACCGCUUAUAAAUCUGAGAUCAGAGACGCUGUCGAUGUAAAAGAUUUGAGUGCAAAGUGGGAGCAGUAUGGACCAGGUCUUGCACAGACUGGGAGUGACGCGGACGGGGGGAGGACGGCCAGGGGACGCCUUAGCUGAAGGCACUGCACUGACUUUUGGAUGAAGAAUAUUUAUAAUAAGUAAAGUUGGCUGAACUGUACAAAUCGUGUUUCAUGUUUUCUCUUGUCGGUAACCCAGUGUCCUUUUUUUUAAUACUGUAAAUCGUCAUUAUUUCCUCCACUUUUUGAGUUUUUCUAAGAGCCACUCCUCUCAGAUACUGUAUCAUAUAAGCUUUGUAAUGUGUGUGUGCAAGUGUGUGUGUGUGUGUGUGUAUUGAAUGCUGUGCAGAGUGCGAUUACAUGAGCUAGUCCCACUCCAUGCCCCCCUCCCAGGCUUGUCAGCCAACAGCUCUUUUUCUGUUGAUAUGGUGAUUGUUCAAUGCAGUAGUGCUUCAACGUGGUUUUAGCUGGUGACAUGUUUGUGUAUGCAUUUGUAUUAGAUUACCGGAAAGUAAAAACCCAAUUUGACAAAA